AACUUUACACUUGGCACAAUACAGUCAAACAAGUCUCCACUGCUCAAGAGUCCAGUGGCAGUGUGCUUUACACCACUGCAUCAACCACUUUGCAUUGCACUUGGUGAUAUAAGGCUUGGAUGCAGCUGCACAGCCAUGGAAACCCAUUCCAUGAGGUUCUCUAUGCAGUGUUGUGCUAAUCAGAAGGUCACAAGAACUUUGGAGGUCUUUAUCUAUUGACUUUGCAGACAGUUCAAACAGCGCUUCAGCAUGUGCUAACCCUGCUCUGUCAUUUUAUGUGGCCUUCCACUUCAUGGCUUAGUUGCUGUUGUUUCCAGUUGCUUCCACUUUGUUAUAAAACCACUAAUAGUUGACCGUGGAAUAUUUAGUAGCAAAGAAAUUUCACGGAUGGACAUAUUGCACAGGUUGCAACUUAUCAGGGUAUCACGCUUGAAUUCAUUGAGCUCCUGAGAGUGACCCAUUCUUUCACAAAUGUUUGUAGAAGCAGUCUGAAUGCCUAGGUGCUUGAU